UUUUUUGUGUCACUUUUUCAAGAUGACAGAUUUUCGUUUUGUGAUAAAUUAAAAAUUUUUUGAUAGUGCUUUUAAAAGAAGAAAACAAAUAAAUUUGUAAACUUAAAAAAUGGAAAAUAUAGUGUUUAUGGACCAGCUUACGUGUCGAACAUGUUUAAUAAAUGUCGAAGUUUCUAAUUCAUUGCAUGAUUGUGUUGAAUUCGAUACAAAAAUCGAACUCAAAGAGAUCUUAUGGAAGGUGUCUAGCGUCGAGAUUGAUUGGAAUAAAACAAUACAACUUACAAGAAUUUGUAACGAAUGCACGGAAAAACUAGUUAAGGCAUAUGAAUUUCAAACACAAGUUGAGGCAAGUGAGAGACGCCUCAAUGAAUAUUUUGAGGAUGUCAAGAAGUCUGAGGUUCAAAGAGAUGAUGAAGAUGGAGAUGAAAACGAACAACAAAUUCCUUCAGCUAUGAACUCUCCAUCUCCAUCUAAUGAUGCUUUUAUUAUCGAAGAAGAUGAUGGAAAUAUAUUAGACUUGAUUACAUUUAAAACAGAAACUUGCAGUCCUACCAAAGACGAACCGACAGAAGCUCCUUUUAUCAAUAAAAUCGAGGUAGAUGAGCCAGCAGAAGAAUCAAAAGAUCUCGCCCCUAUAGAUAACGAAGAAGAAAUAAUUGAAGAAGUAUCUGAAGAAAAAGAUGUAUCAACUAAGAGAAAAAGUAAAACCACAAAAGAACCAAAAGUGAAAAAAAUUAAAAAGCCAAAAAAAGAAAAAGUCGGCAGAAAAGGAAAAGCGCCAAGUUUACUUGAGGAUGCAGCUUUUCAAUGCAAAACAUGUGCAAGGAAAUUUUUUUCCACAGAAACCCUAGAACGCCACCAAAAGUGUCAUUUAGGUUCUGGUUCAUUUCAAUGUAGUAAUUGUGCUCGAAGUUUUACAAAAAAGGAUAAUCUCUUACGUCAUAUGAUAACACACAAAGUGACCGAAGAUGUUCCUAAGAAGCAUAAAUACAAACAUGGACUUUGCCCACAUUGUGGUGAAAGUUUUCCCGCAGCAAGUUUGAUAAUUCACAUUCGACGUCAUACAGGCGAAACACCAUACAAAUGUGAUAUUUGUGGAAAGGGCUAUCCUCGUCUGCAAGAUAUGACGAUACACAAGCGUUUACACACAGGAGAGAAGCCGCACGUUUGUCUAACAUGUGGCAAGGCUUUUUCAAGAACUAACUCAUUGGCCCGACAUAUUCGUGUGCAUACGGGUGAACGACCAUACAAAUGUAAUCAAUGUGAUAAGGCAUUCGCGCAAUCGAACGAUUUGAAUUUGCACAUUCGUCGUCAUACUGGAGAGAAGCCGUACAAGUGCAAUAUUUGUAAUUUGAGUUUCAUCAACGGAUCGAUAUUGAAAAAUCAUCGAAAAUCAGCUUCACACUAUGAGGUCGAUGAAAAGGGGCCAGAUCGUUAUGAAAAAAUUCGUGUAACAAAUCCACAUCGAGCUUGUUGGAUAACUAAGGGAGAUGAAAAGGUAAUAGCUGAUAAGGAUAUAAAAGAAUCGAUAACAGCGUCGAAGGAUGAAAAAGAAGAAAAUGAUUUUAAAAUGGAUAAUAUACAAUAUUUGGAUAAUUUGACUUGUCGAGUUUGUUUAAGAAAUAACAUUGGUGUUUCGAAUUCGCUCUAUGAUUGUGUAGAAUAUGAAACAAAAAUUGAAUUGAAGGAAAUUCUAUGGAAGUUCUCAAAUGUUAGGAUUCCUGAUAAUGAAAGUAUACUACCAACACGUAUUUGUAUGUCCUGCACAGAAAGACUUCUUGAGGCAUAUGAUUUCACGAUAACAAUUAUGGAAAGUGAGAAAAGACUUAAAAUUUAUUUAAAGAGUGUGGUCAAGAAUGUCGUCUUUAAACUGGAUGGAGUGCAAGAAGAGAACAAUUCAGUUCAAGAAAUCGAACAGCCUCCUCCAGCGCCAGCGGAAGAUGAAGCUUUUGUUAUUGAUGAACUAUCUGGAGAACCAAUUGAAGAUGAUUAUGAUUUUGAUGAAGAGGUUGUUGUCGUCCAAGAUAAUCAAACUUAUGAUAUUGUGAUGCAGAAAACGACUGCCGAAAUAGUAGAAGGAGAAGUGGAAGCAGUGGUUGUUGCCGAUGAAGGACUAGUUCAAAUAGAUACAAUUAAAGAGGAAAUAAAAUGCAUAGAAGAUUUUCCUGUUAAAUAUGAGACAAUCGGUGAGGGUGAAAUCUUAGAAAAUAUCUCAAUCAAAUCAGAAUCAGCAGCACCUGAAUCAAUGGUUGUGGAACAACUAGAAGAAAUUAAUUGUGAAAUAAGCGAGCAGAUGGAAAAUGAAAAUCAAAUUGAAGAACAAACAAUACAAAUAGAAAUUCCAACUAAAACCUAUCAAUGUUCAGUUUGUCCAAGAGUCUAUGCUAAACGAGAAACAUUUUUACGCCAUCAAAAGUCUCAUCUAAGUACUGGCUCAUUUGAGUGCAGUCAUUGUGAUAAGAGCUUCACUAGAAAAGAUAAUCUGCUUCGACACAUGACAACACAUAAAGAAUCAAGUGAAGGUCAAAAGAAGCACAAAUACAAACAUGGCUUAUGUCCUUUUUGUGGUGAGAGUUUUCCACAAGCAAGUCUAAUUAUCCAUAUACGACGACACACAGGCGAAAAACCCUACAAAUGCGAUAUUUGUGAUAAAGGUUAUCCACGCUCUCAGGACCUUAUGAUACAUAAAAGAUCACACACUGGUGAAAAACCACAUUUAUGCAAUACAUGCGGAAAAGCUUUUUCGCGCCCAAACAAACUUGCUCGGCACAUUCGAGUUCAUACUGGUGAACGUCCGUACAAAUGUACACAAUGCAGUAAAGCGUUUGCACAAUCCAAUGAUUUAAAUUUGCAUAUUCGUCGACACACUGGCGAGAAGCCAUACAAGUGCGGUAUAUGCAAUGAAGGCUUUAUUAAUGGAACAGCGCUUAAGAACCAUCGAAAAUCAGCAAAGCAUUUUAGUAAAGAGGAUCAGCGACCGGAUCGUUAUGAGAAAAUUCGAGUUACAAAUCCACAUCGACCUUGUUGGAGAACAAAACUAAAUGCAACGGAAUCUGCUAUUUCUAAUAAAGAAGAUGAAUCUGCAAAUAUUGAGCAGGAAUUAACUUUAGUUAUAGAAGCCGAUGACAGUUCUUAUUUCAACGAUAGUGAGCCGGAAGCGGAUCCGGAGUCGCUUCAAGAAAGCCACCCAAUCGAAGAAAACCCAGUAGCAAAAAUUGAGGAAUUUGAAGAAAAGUACACACCGGAGAAUUUUGUAUGCAAUGAAUGUGGGCGAACAUAUUCCCGUAAAAAGAAUCUUGACAAGCAUAUGAAAACACAUAAGGAACUAGCAGAGGGCGUUAGAAAACCUGCAGAAAAAUUUGGUAUAUGCCCACAUUGUGGUGAUAUUUUCCCACAAAAAAAUUUACCCGUACAUAUACGUCGGCACACAGGUGAAAAGCCAUAUGCUUGUGAUCAAUGUGAAAUGCGAUAUGUUCGGAAACAAGAUCUCAUUGUACACAAACGCUGCCACACUGGUGAGAAGCCUCAUAUAUGCAUUACUUGUGGAAGAGCAUUUUCACGGGCAAAUCAGCUUGUACGACACAUUCGAGUGCAUACGGGUGAACGUCCUUAUAAGUGCACUCAAUGUGACAGAGGAUUUGCCCAGAGAAACGACUUAAAUCUUCAUAUACGUCGACAUACCGGCGAAAAGCCAUAUCAAUGUGGUUUGUGUGGUGAAAGCUUUAUAAAUGGCACCAACUUAAAAAAUCAUCGAAAAGUUUCUGGUCAUUACGAAGAAGAGAGACGAGAUCGAUUUGAGAAAAUUCGUGUGACCAAUCCCAGAAGAUCAUAUCGAGCAACUCCGUUACCUAAACAACCGCAAGUACCAGUUGCACCUGUUUAUGUCACAGAAAACAUUGGAGUCAAUGAAGUUGACGAAAACGACAACGUGUCUGUUAAAACCAGUGGUUCUCUUCCAGUGGAAAUGCUUGACCUAAAUGAAAUGGACCAUUUCAGCGAUAGUGAGCCGGAGCCGAUUCAAGAAACCGAAAAAAAGCCAGUAACAAAAAUGGAGGAAAGUGAAGAAAAGUAUACACCCGAUUCACAGAAUUUUGUAUGCAAUGAAUGUGGGCGAACAUAUGCUCGUAAAAAGAAUCUCGAUAAGCAUAUGAAGGCGCAUAAAGAGCUUGCAGAGGGUGUUAGAAAACCUCCAGAAAAAUUUGGCAUAUGCCCACAUUGUGGUGAUAAUUUUCCCCAAAAAAGUCUACCCGUACAUAUACGCCGGCAUACCGGUGAAAAGCCAUUCGCUUGUGAUCAAUGUGAAAUGCGAUAUGUUCGAAAACAAGAUCUUAUUGUACAUAAACGAUGCCACACGGGUGAAAAGCCUCAUAUAUGCACUACUUGCGGCAAAGCAUUUUCACGGGCAAAUCAGCUUGUACGACACAUUCGAGUGCAUACGGGUGAACGUCCUUACAAGUGCACACAAUGUGACAGAGGUUUUGCCCAGAGAAACGACUUAAAUCUUCAUAUACGUCGGCAUACCGGCGAAAAGCCCUAUCAAUGUGGCUUGUGUGGUGAAAGCUUCAUAAACGGAACCAACUUGAAAAAUCACAGAAAGAUUGCUGAUCAUUAUGAAGAAGAGAGGCGAGAUCGAUUUGAGAAAAUUCGAGUGACCAAUCCCAGAAGCAACGCCAAGAUCUGUAGAUUUGCUCAAACAAUGGUUACAGAAAAAAUAAUAAACUGUGAAGAGAAUGUUGACAACACUUGCCUUUCAUCAGAAAAAUCAUAUGCAGAACUGCAGGAAGAAUCUGAAGAGGAAAUUGUUAAGAGUCCAAAUGCUAAACCCAAACUACAAAAACAAAAAUUCCAUAAAGUAAAAACUGAGAUCGCUACAUCCGAUACAAAUAAUAAGAACGAAAUAAUGGCUUGUGACGAUAAUUUAAAGACAAACAAUCCUGAUCGCAUACGCCCCUAUAGGAAAAACAAAGAUAAAACAAAACAAACCUACAAAUCAAAAGAGAAAAAGUAUGGUAUUUGCCCUUAUUGCGGUGAUAGAUAUGCCGCUUCUAGCCUUAACCUACACAUCCGUCGACAUAUUGGUGAAAAACCUUACAAAUGCGAUAUGUGUGAAAAAGCGUUUGUUGAAUUGUACGAUCUGAAACGACACAAACGAAUGCACACUGGUGAAAAACCGCACGUGUGUUCGAUUUGUGGCAAAGCUUUUGCUCAGCAAAACAAACUGACGCGUCAUAAAUUGAUACAUACUGGGGAACGUCCAUACAAAUGCAAACAAUGUGAUAAGGCAUUUACUCAAAGCAAUGAAUUAAAUUUACACAUUCGUCGUCACACGGGUGCCAAACCGUAUAUGUGUGGCAUUUGUGGUGAGUGUUUCAUAACUGGAACAUUUUUAAGGAAUCAUCAGAAAGCAGUGUCGCAUUUCCAAGAAGAUCAACAAGAUCGUUUCAUAAAGAUUCGAGUGACCAAUCCUUCUCGUUCGUAUCGAAAUGGAGGAGGUAUUAAAAAACUACAAGAAUCGAGUCCAUAUGAAGCCAAGACAUUUGAUGAGUUGACCACGCAGCUUUGCAUGUACGAAAGAAAUUUCAAGAAAACAGAAGAUAACGAUAAUUUAGCUCAAGAGGCGCUAAUUGCAUCCAGAUUCGACAAAAAGAAGCAAGAAGUUCGACCAAAACAAAAUUAUUCAAGAAACAAGAGAGAAGAUAUUUGUAAUUUUUGUAAGAAAAGAGGUCAUUGGGUUCGAGAUUGCAAGAAGUGGUUAGCUGAAGGAAAACCAGCAAAAGACAUGAAUUUUAGCAGAAAUCCAAGCAACAUUGUUGAUACAAAUGCAUCUUUAGUGUCUGUUUGCAAUAAUGCCUAUGCAACUGAACUAAAUUCAAUGGAUUGGUGGAUCGAUAAUGGUGCUACAAGACAUGUCACCAACUCCCGAGACUGGUUUAUCGAUUUUGAAGUAUUUGAGAGUUCAUGUCAAAUUCAAGCUGCUGGAAAAGAAACUCUUACAGCUAUUGGAAAAGGGAAAAUCAUAGUCCAAUCAACUCACAACAAUGAAGAAGUUACCUUGAAUGAUGUUUGGUAUGUACCUUCUAUUUCGAGAAAUUUAUUUUCUGUUCUAGCCGCUCAAGACCGAAAUCGAAACAGUGUUUUCAAGUCCACAACUACACAGUGUUCGCUUGAUGUUAAUGGCAAGAUAGUGUUACGUGGAUAUCGUCAUGUGAACGGAUCUUUGUACAAGGCAGCGAUCACACCAAUAGUUUCGAAAGUGAAGUCAGAUAUGCAGUUCAAUGUAGUGGUGGGAGAUGAUACGACACUACAACUGUAUCAUGAGCGGUUUGGACAUCAAGACAAGAGACACGUCAAAAAGAUAAUAGAAAAAGAAUUAGGCAUCAAAGUCAAGCUUGACCAGAAUUUGUGUGAGCCGUGCAUAUAUGGAAAAGCACAUAGAUUACCAUUCGGAACGAGAAGAAAAGCGACUAUACCAGGAGAGCUUGUGUCCACGGACGUGUGCGGACCCUUUAGCGAUUCUUUUAAGAAGAAAAAGUAUCUAGUUGUUUUUAAAGAUAGUUUCUCUAAAUUCCGGUACGGUUUUGCAAUAGAACACAAAUCUGACGUCAAGAAUGUCUUAAAAGAAGUGAUAGCUAAUGCCAAGAUUUUGGGUCAUCCGAUUAAAGAAUUAUUGAGUGACAAUGGCGGUGAAUUUGACAACAGAGAAGUCAAAGAGAUUCUUCGAUUAAAUGGAAUCACUCAAAGACUGACAGCGCCAUACACUCCAGAGCAGAAUGGCGGCAGUGAACGUGAGAACCGUACUUUAAUUGAAAUGGCAAGAACUUUUAAGUAUUCAAGUAGAGAAGCUGAAUAUCCAGAAGCAAUUUGGGCGGAGCUUGUAAACACCUCGGUUUACAUCCUGAACCGAACUGGGAAGUCAUCAGUUGAUGGAGUUAGCCCAUACGAAUUGUGGAUUGGAAAGAAGCCGAGAAUCAAGCACUUAAGAAUAAUAGGUUCAACUUGCUACACCCAUAUUCCUGUUCAAAAGAGAAAGAAAAUGGACAGAAAAGCAGUUAAAGGCUAUAUUGUUGGAUAUGAUGGUGAUGAACGAUACAGAAUUUACAUCAAAGAACAGAACAAAGUUAUCCUGUCAAGAGACGUUAAAUUUCAGGAAAAUCCAAUACUAUGUGAAAAUGCAAUAAAGUUACCCUUCAAAGAUGUUGACCCAACCGGGGAAGAGCAAAAUGAAGAACAAAAUGCAGAGAAACUUGAUGAAGACGUAAUCCAACAAGACCAAGAAGAACAACAAAAUCAACCAAAUCAACAAAAUCAACAAAACCAACAAAACCAAGAAGACCAACAAGACCAGAGAAAUCUAAGAAAUAGAACAGCUUUAAGAAGACCUAAAAAUCUGGAUGAUUAUGUCAUGGCAGCGGAAGAUUAUGUCAAUUUUUCUUCAAUUCCUGAAACAUUCCAAGAAGCUAUCAACAGCAAAGAAAAAUCAGAGUUGGUGAAAGCUAUGGAAAGAGAGAUGACAUCAUUGCAACAAAAUCAAACCUGGAAGUUGACAACUUUGCCAAGAGGAGCAAAAGCAAUACCUUGCAAGUGGGUAUAUUGUCUAAAGAAAAAUCCAGAUGGCACCAUUGACAAAUACAAAGCAAGACUAGUGGCCAAGGGAUUUAGCCAACGAGAAGGUAUCGAUUAUUGUCAAACUUUCAGCCCAGUAGCCAAGAUGGGGACUAUAAGAUCAGUUUUGAGUAUAGCUGCUAGCGAAAAGAUGCACCUUAUUCAGUUUGAUGUUUCAACAGCUUUCUUGUACGGUGAUUUAGAAGAAGUCAUCUACAUGAAACAGCCAGCUGGAUACGAAGAUGGAACCGAUAAGGUAUGCAGACUAAUGAAAAGUUUAUAUGGUCUUAAACAAUCCUCUAGGUGCUGGAACAAGCGUUUCGGAAGUUUCAUAUCUAAACUAGGCUUCAGAGUUAGUGACGCUGAUCCUUGUUUAUAUAUGAGGGAAAGAAACGGAAAGAAACUUGUUCUUGUGCUGUAUGUAGAUGAUGGGCUGGUUGGUUCAACUGAUCAAUACGAAUUAGAGAAAUUCAUCGAAGAACUGAAAACCGAAUUCAAGAUCACCUCGAAGAAAGCGACGUUCUUUUUGGGACUAGAAAUAGAACAGAAUGAAGAAAGAAUAAAAGUCAGCCAAAAAGCACACGCAAGAAAAAUCCUCGAUCGUUUUCAGUUUUCUGAAUGCAAGUCAAUUUCUACACCAAUUGUGAAAAAUUCAGAAACUUCAAAAACAGGGAAAGUAGAUAAUGAAAAUCACAAUUUUCCGUAUAGACAAGCAGUUGGUGCACUGAUGUACUUAAUGCUAGGAACCAGACCAGAUCUAGCAUACACAGUAGGAUUUUUGUCAAGAACCUUAGAGAAUCCAUCCAAAGAAGAUGUAUCUAGAGUCAAAAGAGUGUUCAGCUACAUAGCUGGAACUUUGGAUUUAGGGAUUGAAUACAAGAAAGAUGACAAAACCAGAAUCCUAAAAUGUUAUAGUGAUGCUGAUUUUGGUGGAUGCCAAAGCACUGGGCGUUCAACUUCUGGUGUUGUUAUAACUCACGCAGGUGGAGCUAUUUCCUGGCUCAGCCAAAGACAGGCCAUGGUUGCAACAUCAACAACUGAAGCUGAGAUCGUUGCAGCGAAUGAAGCAGCAAAAGAAAUAAUUUGGCUGUGCAGAUUAUUCGAAGGAAUAGUCAAAUUAAAACAGAUUCCAGUUCUUCAAGUGGACAAUUCUGCAGCUGUAAGAUUGGCUCAAAACCCAGAAUUCCACAGAAGAACUAAACACAUCGCUACAAAACACUUUUUCAUCAGAGAAAAAGUAACCGAAGGAAAAAUCGAAAUCCAACAGAUAUCAACCGAAAAACAAGUUGCAGAUAUCAUGACUAAACCCCUUCCAUGUCCAAGACUGAAACUGUUAUGCAGCGAAGAAAAUUUAAAAUUAUAUGAAAAACUUAACGUCCAAGAUAUCGCAGACGACGAUUCCGUUAAGGACGAGAAUACAUUUCCGGAGGCACAUGAAGAAUCAGGGGAAAUUUGCGAUUACAGUGAUGUGAAUGCUGAUUCAGAACCCGAAACAAGUUCAAAGCCAACAUUACGAAUAAAAAGAAUUCAAAAACCGAAACCUGAAAAACCCAAAGCAAAAGAAUCGCUCAAUUGUACCGAAUGCGGCCGAAAAUUAUAUAGUCAAAAAAAUCUAUUGAGACACAUGCAAAGGCACAAAGAGGGAUUUAUGGUGAAAAAGCAAUGCAAAUUAAGCAUUUGUCCAUAUUGUGGGGAUUAUUUUCCCCAAACAAGUUUGAGCAUACACAUUCGCCGUCAUACGGGAGAAAAACCCUACAAAUGCGAUAUGUGUGAAAAAGCAUUUGUUAGACAAGAAGACCUUAAAAUACACAAGCGCUCACAUACUGGUGAAAAACCUCAUGUGUGUACAGUUUGUGGUAAGGCUUUCACGAGACGUAAUAAACUAUCCCGGCAUAUUCGGGUACACACUGGAGAACGUCCAUACAAAUGCAAUCAGUGCGAUAGGGCAUUCGCCCAGAGAAACGAUUUGAACUUGCACAUUCGUCGUCAUACAGGUGAGAAACCGUAUGGAUGUGGUGUGUGUGGUCAAAGUUUCUUUAAUGGAACGUUAUUAAGGAACCAUCAAAAAUCGGAAUCACAUUUUGAAGAAAAACAAAUGGAUCCUUUCUUAAAGAUUCGUGUAACAAAUCCAACACGGACUCAUCGAAAUCCUCUAAGCAAGCGAGUCUUGAAAAAUGAGUCUUAAAAAAUUAUAUUCAGUUUUGAGCAUGAAAUAUCCUAGACCAAUGGAAAACAUCGUUACGCUAGCAUUAAGUACGGACACUUAAACUUUGUAACUUAAAUGCAUUGAAAAAAUUAAUGUAUUUUAAUAAAAUUAAAUUCAACCAGCCUCA